AUGUGCUGCCUUCCAGUGACUGCCGUUCCGUGCUGUAUGCAACAAAAGCAAGCGGAUGGAAUAAAUCGAAAUAGCCUUGAAAUUCAGGUUUCCAUAACUCACCUUAGAUACGGCGCUGUCUCUCGGAGAAAACGGGAUUGUGUUUCGGGAAGACACAGGCUCUGACACAUGAAAGGAAGAAGCGUCCAGAUUCAUAGUUGUAGUUGAAGUUUGCUUAUCUUUUACACGCAGUCUGAUCUGCACAAGGCAGCAUUUCAGAUCAGAUUUCAGAAUCACUUCAGACUAGCUGGAAGAGCAGAGAGAGCGAGAAAGAGGGCUUCCCCUCUGACUCUGUGUCUUGGAGAACUCCGGAGCGCAAGAGUGCGAACCAGAACGUGGAACCCCCGAACCCGGGUGGGAAGGAAUUUGGUCAAGGAUUCUCUUUUGCGAAAUCGACGCGAAGGUGAGAGCUUAUAAAUAGAUCGGAAGAAAUGGACGAGCAGCCGCGGUUGAUGCACUCUCAUGCGGGAGUAGGGAUGGCAGGGCACCCCGGCCUGUCGCAACACAUGGAAGGCACGGGAGGAACGGAAGGCGAUGGGAGAAAACAGGACAUUGGAGACAUUUUACAGCAAAUAAUGACCAUCACAGAUCAGAGUCUGGACGAAGCUCAAGCCAGGAAACACGCCCUGAAUUGCCACAGGAUGAAGCCUGCUCUCUUCAACGUCUUGUGUGAAAUCAAAGAGAAAACAGUGCUGAGUAUCCGUGGCGCCCAGGAGGAGGAGCCUCCAGAUGCCCAGCUCAUGCGAUUGGACAACAUGUUGCUGGCGGAGGGCGUGUCUGGACCGGAGAAGGGGGGUGGUUCUGCAGCGGCUGCGGCUGCAGCUGCAGCCUCAGGGGGCGGGGCAGGAGCGGAUAACUCAGCGGAACACUCAGACUACAGAGCCAAGCUCUCUCAGAUCAGACAGAUCUACCACACAGAGCUGGAGAAAUACGAGCAGAUGGUAUCCCAUGGCGGAUGGAGGGGGGAGAGUUACACAGGGAGUCAUGGCAACGGAAACAAGGCUUGUAACGAGUUCACAACCCAUGUGAUGAACCUGCUGAGGGAGCAGAGUCGCACUCGGCCCAUCUCUCCCAAGGAGAUCGAGCGCAUGGUGGGGAUCAUCCACCGCAAGUUCAGCUCCAUCCAGAUGCAGCUCAAACAGAGCACCUGCGAAGCCGUCAUGAUCCUGCGCUCACGCUUCCUCGAUGCCAGACGGAAAAGACGGAACUUCAACAAGCAGGCGACAGAGAUCCUGAAUGAGUACUUCUACUCCCACCUGUCUAACCCCUACCCUAGUGAGGAGGCCAAGGAAGAGCUGGCCAAGAAGUGCUCCAUCACAGUUUCACAGGUUUCCAACUGGUUUGGAAACAAAAGAAUCAGAUACAAGAAAAACAUUGGAAAGUUCCAGGAAGAAGCCAAUAUGUAUGCUGCCAAAACUGCAGUCAACGCGACCAACGUAUCCUCACAUGGAAGCCAGGCUAAUUCGCCCUCCACCCCAAAUUCUGCAGGUUCUGCUGGCUCUUUUAACAUGUCAAACUCCGGCGACUUGUUCAUGAGCGUGCAGUCUCUCAAUGGGGACUCAUACCAAGGUGCUCAGGUUGGAGCCAACGUGCAGUCACAGGUGGAUACCCUUCGCCAUGUUAUCAGUCAGACAGGCGGAUACAGUGAGGGCCUCACAGCCAGCCAGAUGUACAGUCAACAGAGCAUCAAUGCAAACGGAGGCUGGCAGGAUGCAACCACCCCCUCAUCAGUGACAUCACCCACAGAAGGACCUGGAAGUGUUCACUCUGACACGUCCAACUGAUCCCUCCACCCUCCACCACCAUCCGGACACCCCCGACCUCCACCCUCGAUCAGCCAGCCCCCAGUCAGCACCCCUUCAGAACUGGAGGUAUCACUAGACUGGUCACAGAGCAAGAGACCACUCUCUACAGGUGGGGACUACAGGAUGAAACGCCAUCAUCACCACCACAGACAGUUCUUCAUGUCUUAUGUCCCGUCUCUACAACCAACUAUGACACAGUCAGUCAGUAGCCUGAGUAGGGCUCUGUUCUCCCAUUUAUCUACGACCUCAUUCACUGUCUGUCUGUACAGUUUUCUUCACCAGAUAUCCAUGUUGCCUCUGUGUGAUCUGACUUAUAACACAGUAGGCAAAUAGUUACAACACGUUAUACACAGUAUUGCCCGUAUCUUGUAGAUUGAAAUGCUUUUCUCACUACCUCUAUUGAAAAUAACAACAAAACAUCAACUUCUAAAAAAGCAUCGUUUUUUCCCCUUUGUAAUAACUGACAUUGACAGUAGCUCCCAAUCUCCCUUGUCCUGUCUCAAGGCUUGUUUUGAGGACAGUUUUGCCUUUGUGACUAGUUUUACCCGAUAUAAUUACUUAAUUCCCAACAUUUGUUUUGUCCAUAGUGCCAAAGUUCAACACAGGAGGGGAAUUUUUAUAAUAUGACAUUGUGCUUGUGGAAAAAUACAUAUCCAUCUGACUAUUCACAUCACAUACCGUAGCUUAAUAAGAUUUCUUGUUAGUAGCUAACAAUGGGAUGAUUUGAAAGGAGACCCUUGAGAUUCAAAUGUUCCUCCUCAUUUUAGACAUUCUGUUUCAGAGCUUCUACAAUGGUCAAUAAAACAUGACACAUUUUUAGUGCAACAAUGGCGUGUGUUCUGUUCAUACUGAAUGAGUGGUCAACAAUGCAUAAGCAAAACACAAAAGAGUAACGGUAUACUCCAGAAUUAAUGGAAGGGAUGGUUUGGAAGGUUAUAAAGAAAUGGAUCAUGGUGAUUCUAGCUUCAUGGUUAUUCUAGCUUCAUGGUGAUUCCAGAUACAUUUUUUAAACUGAUACUCAGUCCACACUACAAACAGAGCAAGAAGCUUAUAGCUUCAUGGUGAUUCUAACUUCAUGGUGAUUCUAACUUCAUGGUGAUUCCAUAUACAUUUUUUAAACUGAUACUCAGUCCACACUACAAACAGAGCAAGAAGCUUAUAGCUUCAUGGUGAUUCUAACUUCAUGGUGAUUCCAGAUACAUUUUUUAAACUGAUACUCAGUCCACACUACAAACAGAGCAAGAAGCUUAUAGCUUCAUGGUGAUUCCAGAUACAUUUUUUAAACUGAUACUCAGUCCACACUACAAACAGAGCAAGAAGCUUAUAGCUUCAUGGUGAUUCUACCUUCAUGGUGAUUCUAACUUCAUGGUGAUUCUAUCUACUGGAAUUCUAAUGCAUUUCCUGCACUUGACAUAUUGUUUGUAGUGUGGACUGAGUAUCAGUUUAAAAAAAUGUAUCCGGAACACUUAAUCAGUACAUUAGCAUCAAUUAAAAUAAGCCAAUAUAAUGUCUUUAAGCACAGUCACUUCCAGUGAUUACCCUAUGAAGGGUAACAUAUGUAUUUGUCAAAGAGAAGAACACAGUACAGAGAACACACAUUAAUAAUAUGCUUGUAUCAUUUUCAUAUUUUGAACAUAUGAUGUGUGUACACACACACACACACACACACACACACAUACAUACAUACAUACAUACAUACAUACAUACAUACACUACCAUUAUCACUGUACAUCAGUGUUGUCAAAAUAGCCAAAUACUGCUGGUAACCAAAACCACUUGUGUAAGGUGUAAGUGCAAAAAAGGCAUUUUAAUGUAAAUGUUCAUUCUGAUGUUGUGUAACCAGGUGGUAGUCAUGGAAUACACAACUAAACACAAUUCUGAAAUCUUUCUCAAAGUUAUUCUUUUCCCUCAUAAUUUCAUGUUAUUGGUGCUAAUUUGUUUCAUUUUUUUUUUGAAUAGUUUAUUUCUGUCCAUUUAUUAUUGUCACUGAGUUUGAACACCCGUCAUAUCAUUCUGUUUUUACAUUUUGGUUAUCAAGGUUGGUCUCUACUCACUCUUAUAUUACAGCUUUCUCCUAGCAUUUGACUUGAGACUAAAUUACGAAAAAAAAAUCCAAAAUGUGAUUGAUUCAUUUUGUUGUAGCUACAGUAUUUGCUUACACACAGUUACACAUUGCCUUCUUGUGCAAUUCAACAUAUCCACCCUACCAUUCCCUUGAUACCAAAAAAAUAACUGCAGAAGCUUCAUCUCUAUAGAUUAGAUUCAGUUUAACCAAUUUAGCUUUGUUUGUUUUGUAUAAUGGUGUAUUAUCUGAAGUAUUCAUCUCAUAGAAAUGUUCAGGUACUCUCUCUGUACUACAAAACCAAAAAUACACUUGUGUUUGUUUAUAGAUAUGGCAUGGAAAAGACUAACCCUGAUAGCACACAGACAGAUACAGAAGAUGUUGGGAAAUAUUUUUAUGUCCUCAUGUUGUGAAUAACUUGCAUCAUAAUUUUUUAUCUUUAUCGUUUUGCUUUUAUUUUGCGUGGUUACAGGAUUUACAGUAGGUUACAUUUUAUUUUCUUGCUAGCAUAAUGUGAAUUUGCUAAAGAUUGCUCUAUAGAGUAUAAGUAGAUGUGGACAGUAUCCAUUUUAAAACAAAGCAGCUACAGUAGGCCGUCAUUGUAAAUAAGAAUUAGUUCUUUACUGACUUGCCUAGUUAAAUAAAGGUUAAAUUAAAUUAAAAAGUCAUGUUUGACAGACACAGACAGAUAGUAGGAAAGAGUUCCUCUCACAUUACAGAUAUAAUCCACACACAGUUCAUUUUGUACUUUCAGUCUAAAGCAUUGACACACAAGCUUGCUUUUAAGAUACACACACAAGCUUGCUUCUAAAAUGUUUACUGUCUGUUAAUUAAGGGUGAUGUGAAAGGUUAGUGUCCAACCAAAUCCGUAUACCAUGGUAACAGAUAUACAUUAUACAGUGUAACUACAAUACCACACAGCUGAAUCCACCAUAGUCCUUCUUUCAGAAACAGUACAUUUUAUAUUUGAUAUCAUUUUUGAAGACGUGGAUGUGUACUAUGAUGAGUGAAGCAGAAUAUUUUUUCAGUUGACAGACAACAUGUGUACCCUAUGAGUGGACUAUGUUGGAGUGGUGUUCCCUGGCCUUUCCAUCCAGAUGUUUGUUUUUUGUUGUUGAUCAUUUUAGCCAUGUGGCCAGCAGAACAAUAGCUUUUGUGAUGCAGUGCCCCUAAAAAAAAACGUUACUCUACUUUUCACAUUGCCUGUCCAAUAUCACCGUAUUAUUGAAAGCGUCAUGUAAUGAUGCUUUAAGUUUUUGAAUAUAAAAGGAAAAAAUGACUAUAAAAAGAAAUAAACUAUAAAAUUGGUCAACAUAAAAUGUUUUCUUUGUUGCAUGUAUUUUGUUCUUUAAUAAAAUACCGUACUGCAGUGUUUUUGAAUGUUACUUAUUUUUUUAUAAAGAUUUCAGAGUGAAAUUGUGGAGCCUUUUACUUGACAGGUUUGAACUUUUAAGAUCUCUACAAAAUGUAAAGAAGGUAUAAAAAUGGAAACUGCAAAACUAUUGUCUUUUUAAUUCCUAUUUAAACCCGUUUUUCUGUGGAGAAAAAAAUAGCUAACAAGUGUAGUUUUUAUGGUCUCUUUCUUUGUACUAGUAAUGCAUAUUCCAAAUAAAUUGUUUCUUUUGCUGCA